UUUGGUCAUUGCUUUUUUCGCUGUUUGGUGUGGUUUGGAUUGGGUUGAUUGUUGAGUAAAGACUGUUUCUUGCUUUAAGAUCAAUGGGCUUUGUUUAAUUCUGUUGAAUAUGGCUCUUCGAUGAUAUGUUUCUUGAAGUAAAUGGGCGUAGCUUUGGGGUUUUUUUGGUUGAUAUAGUUUGGGUUUUUCUUGGUUGACUUGCUUUUUGUUGGUUUUCUUUCUGUUUUUAUUAGUUUUUCUUAGCUUCUGAAAUGAAAAUUGAUCACUAGGCUAUAUGUGUACCGGUCAAUAGCUGUUAGCUGUGUGUCUCUAUGGAGUUUUGGAAUAAUCUUGCAACAGAAUUAUGAACUAUAUGAGCGAAACAGCUGAAGCAUCUCAUUUUUUACCAUGAAAUGCUAGCUUUUGCAGCCUGUUCAUACAUCUUUUGGAUGAUUAGCAACUUUUAGUUGAGGGACAAGGUAUUGCAUCUACAUUGGCUAUCUAUACUCCAAGAGAAUAAUGUGAAUGCUACUUUUAUUACGGAAAGUAAGUUUCUGAUCUUUCUUUAUAAAACAUGGCAACUGAGAGCCCAAUGAGAAUGAUAGAAAGUAGUGGAGCCACAAAGUGGCACUCUUCAAAGGAUACUCUAGUAUUUGGUUCACCAUUGAAAGAUGUGGAAGUAGAGGAGUUGAGGCUGCUUUUGAAGGGGCAAAGAAUUCAUGGAGAUCAAACAGACACAGUGCCAAAUCGAAGUGGUAGUGCUCCGCCAAGUAUGGAAGGUUCAUUUGCAGCUCUUGGCAACCUUUUGGCCCAAAAGAAUACUAGUCUGACUUCAAGCUUGGCAAGUUUGAGCAGUGUCAUCAAGAAUUGUGAGUCCGAGGAACAACUGCGCUCUGACCCAGCCUAUUUUGCUUACUAUUGCUCCAACAUCAACUUAAAUCCAAGGCUUCCACCACCUCUCAUCUCACGUGAAAAUCGACGUUUGGCACGCCAUAUUGGUGGUUUUGGUAAUAACUGGAGAGCAACAUCUGUAGAUGAUAGUGGCAAUGGGUUACCUUUUUAUCGAAGUUCACUUUUUCCACAUAAGGAGGAACCUGAGGAUGAUAGAUCCCCUGGACAAUCUUCAGACAAGUGGGUAGAAGAUAGCACUGUGUCUUUGCUGGAACAAGACUCAGCAUCUUUGACAGGUCGGCACAAGAGUUUAGUUGAUCUGAUACAGGAAGACUUCCCCCGCACCCCUUCGCCUGUAUAUAAUCAGUCUCGUUCAUCAGGCAUUUCAACAGCAGAAGAGCCAAUAGAUCAUGAUGUUCAUGCAAUCUCGUCAAAUAUUUCUUCUAUUAACGCUUCAAAAGUUCCAGAAUCAAAAUUAGGUUCUCCUGAUGUUUGCAGGGAUACAAGUGCCCUGGAUGCUCAUACUAUUGGUUUGAUAUCACCCAAUGAUUCUUUAGACACCUCAAUUCCAAGCUCGUUGUGUUCUGAACAGGUGGGGAGAUUACCAACGCCUCCAAAAGAAGAUACAAACAUGAAAGAUUUUAAGGUGGAUACUGAUGCAUCUGAUGAUGUUCCACAGUCAGUUGUCUCCACUGUAGAGUCCAGAAUGAAAAAGAAACAAGAAGCACAGCAGUCUCGUGGAAGGAAUAUGCCUCAACACUAUUCAUCCACUCAACAAGGUUCCCCACAUCAGGCCCAAGCGCUUGCAGCUCAGUCCAUUUCUCAAGGACUGAGCCAUCUGUAUAGCCAUCCUAAGUUCUCUUCUGUGGGGUCACAACCAUUAUUGCCUUCUUCUGGACUCUCACCUACCAUGUAUACAACAGCAGCAGCAUAUAUGACUUCUGGAAAUCCACUUUACCCUAAUUUUCAGCCAUCUGGUCUAUAUGCUCCACAAUACAAUGUAGGUGGAUAUGCUAUGAAUCCUGCACUUCUUCCUCCAUUUAUGGGAGGAUACCCUUCUCAUGGUGUUGUUCCCAUGCCUUUUGAUUCUACUGCUUCUGGUUCAAGCUUCAAUAAUCGAACUUCUGGUGCUUCAAAUGGGGAAGGCACUCCACAUACAAGUGACUUGCAGCAUCUUGGCCACUUUUAUGGGCAGCAGGGAUUAGUGCUGCCACCUUCCUUAGUCGAUCCACUUCAUGUGCAAUACCUCCAUUCUUUUAGCAACGUCUAUGGUGCUUCAGUUCAGCAUGGUCAUUUGGCAUCAACUGGUGUUUCUGGGGGCCAAGUUGAUUCUUUUGUGCAGAAAGAGCCGAAUGCUGCUGCUUAUAUGGGUGAUCCAAAACUUCAGCCUCCAACUAAUGGAAGGCUAAGCAUUCCAAAUCCAGGGAAAGUUGGAAGUUUUGGUGGUAGCUAUUAUGGAAGUCACCCAAGUAUGGGUGUCAUUGCCCAAUACCCAACAUCGCCUCUUGCUAGUCCACUGAUGCCAUCAUCACCGGUAGGUGGAAUGAGUCCUCUAGGUCGCAGAAGUGACAUCAGGUUUCCUCCAAAAGGAGGACCAUAUUCUGGAUGGCAAGGACAGAGAGUCAACAGCUUUGAGGACUCCAAAAGGCAUUCUUUUCUCGAAGAACUGAAAUCUGGCAAUGCCAGAAAAUUUGAACUCUCUAAUAUAUCUGGGCAUAUAGUUGAAUUUAGUGUUGAUCAACAUGGGAGUCGAUUUAUCCAGCAGAAGCUGGAACAUUGCAGUGUUGAGGACAAGGAGUCUGUUUUCAAAGAAGUCCUUCCACAUGCUUCAAGAUUAAUGACCGAUGUUUUCGGUAAUUAUGUUAUUCAAAAGUUUUUCGAGCAUGGAAGUUCUGAGCAGCGAAAGGAACUUGCAGAUCAGCUUGUUGGAAAUAUGUUAAACUUUAGUCUGCAAAUGUAUGGUUGUCGUGUAAUACAGAAGUUUUCUUACUCUGAUCUUUUAUUUGAACGGUUUUCCCAGGCGUUGGAAGUGAUUGAACUUGAUCAAAAAACACAACUUGUUCAGGAGCUUGAUGGUCACAUUAUGAAAUGUGUGCAUGAUCAAAAUGGGAAUCAUGUGAUACAAAAGUGUAUAGAGCGUGUCCCUACUGAUAGAAUUGGAUUUAUUAUUUCUGCUUUUCGUGGCCAAGUCGCAACACUUUCUACUCAUCCCUAUGGUUGCCGUGUGAUUCAGAGAGUUUUGGAGAAUUGUUCAGAUAAACUGCAAAGUCAAUGCAUAGUGGAUGAAAUUUUGGAUGCUGCGUUUGGCCUUUCUCAAGAUCAGUAUGGAAACUAUGUUACACAGCAUGUUUUGGAGAGGGGAAAGCCACAUGAAAGAAGCCACAUUAUUAGCAAGUUGACUGGGAAAAUUGUACAAAUGAGUCAACAUAAAUAUGCAUCAAAUGUUGUUGAGAAGUGCUUGGUGCAUGGUGAUAGUGCUGAACGAGAGCUUUUGGUUGAGGAGAUAAUCGGACAAUCUGAUGAAAAUGACACUUUAUUGACUAUGAUGAAGGACCAAUUUGCAAAUUAUGUGGUCCAGAAGGUUCUUGAAAUAAGCAAUGAGAGACAGCGGGAACUAUUGCUGGAUCGUGUAAGAGUUCAUCUUAAUGCUUUGAAGAAAUAUACUUAUGGGAAACACAUAGCUGCUCGGUUUGAACAACUGCUUGAUGAAGUAAAGGAAUGCUUAAUGCUGAUUGGAUCAUGCAGAAAGUGAUGCCUGUGAGGAGCAUUAGCAGCAAUCAAUGGAGCAAUAGUUGGAGAAGCAUGUUGUUAAAAUUUAAUUGGUGGGUAUAGGAGGUCUCUCGGCAAGUGGAAAGGCAACAACUCCUCCUGUUCAUAGGGAAAAGUAAACAACCUAGUUCUGUUGCCAGUGGCCUGGUAUAAAUGUAUCUUUAGACUGUAUUUAUGUACAUCUUUCUUUGUAUAGGAUUAACAACUCAAGGCUUGGGGAUUGAUACAAAUUCAAAGUGGUGUAAAUGCAUAAAAGCUACGACUCUCUUUCAAUCUUAAUAUUAACUUAUAGUUUGAUUGUAGCAUAUCAUUUGGCUAAUAAUUUUUGGUGAAAAUUCAGAAGAAAAUUUAACUACUUUAAUUAAAUUUAUUAUUUAAUGUUUACAAAAUUAUGGGAAUGGAUAAGAUGAGAUAA